AAUGAUUGUUUAAUUAUUUAAACUUCUUUGUGAAUAGUGAAUAUUUUACGGUAUCAACAUGGAGGAAAAUGGCGAGAAAGGGAUGGCCGAAGGAUCGGAAAUCAAGAAAAAGGGAAAAGCAUUGCUAAUUUACGAUUUAAAGCAGCGCAAGUUGAUUCCGAUCAAAAUCCUGUUCUUUGUCGUCUUAUCCAGUAUCGGAGUUUUGUUACCGUACAUGACCAUCCACAUGAAAUCGCUGGGCAUCAGCGUCGAAGAGACCGCCCUCAUUUAUGGCAUCUUCCCCCUAUUCGCCAUUUUGGCACCUUACACUAUGGGAAUCAUAGCCGAUAAGUUAGGAAAUUUUAAGGUGUUACUUUGCGUCACGAUGCUGAUGGCCAUGGCCAACGCUCUUUUGUUCCUCGUCAUUCCAACGGGCAGAUUUAUCGAGAAAUAUCCAGUCAAUUUAACGAUGGCGAUAGGAUGCGGAGAAGACGGCCGCUUGGUGUUGACAGAUCUCGAUUCGAAAACGUGUGGAUUCCGGAAUUCCGUCGAUGGCAAUUUAUCCUUGACUGUGACCGAGUGCGGUUACAUGUGCUACGAUCAAAUCCACCAUAAAAGUCAACUGAAACAAGAAGAGGAACAAACAUCUUCACUUCCAGCUGAUUGGCCGUCAGCUGAUCAACCUUUCAAGAAAUACAGACACGGAAUGUUCUUCCAGGAUAAGUGGGGACUUGAAAUUUCGUGUUCUGGAACUUCACCAUCUCUGGCCAAAACAAACUGUAGCCUCAACCGGAACGAAUCCCCGCGGAUCAACGCCACGUUCAGACACGUGACCAUCCGUUCAAAUAAUGACAUCGGGGAUUUCCCGAUUGAACGGACGCUAUUCAACGGAGUCUUUCCGUUAAGCAGUGGACUCGAGUGCAGCAACAGUUACGAUCAACCGAUUAAAUUAGUUCAACCGUUGGUGUUCACGUUGAACGGGACGCUGAAACUCGGCGACGGUGGAGUACUGUCGCCCUGGAAUUCGCCGGAAGAAAAUUCGAAUCAGGAUCGGGUGGUUUAUCGGACGUGUAGAUCGCAGUGCGUCGUCCAAACGAAACGCAAGAAUAUUUGCAGUGACGAUGCCAAUGUUAUCGUCUACGAUCCGCAGUUAACCUUUUGGUUGUACCUGUUAUUGCGAUUGUUUUUCGCUAUCCUACUCGGCGGAUCGAUGGUCCUUUUUGAAGGCGCCUGUUUGGCCGUCGUCAUCCAGUACAAGGGCGAUUUGGGACUACAGCGCAUGUUUGGCAUCUUAGGAACUAUGAUCUUUUGUCCCGUCUCAGGAGCUUUAAUUGAUUAUUUCAGUAUCAAUCAGGACAUUCCUGAUUACAGGCCUGCAUUUUACCUGUACGCCAUUUUAGUGGGAUCAGCCGCGUUGGGCGUGCUGACGGUCGAUUUGGAUUUUCGACCACCUGCCAAAGAAUUGUUGAAAGAUAUCAAAUCGAUUUUGAAAAAUUUGGAACUCGUCGUGUUCUUCAUGGUCAUCUUCACUUCUGGUCUAUUUUGGGGCUACAUUGAGAGCUAUCUGUUUUGGUUCCUCGAAGAAAUGGGCGGCACAAAGUCCUUGAUGGGUUUAACGGUCACCGUUUCUUCCUUGUUCGGUAUACCUGCCCUCAUCUUCUCUGACGUCAUCUUCAGGAAAAUUGGCCAUCCCAAUGUGCAAAUCAUUGGUUUUGCAUUCUACGUCAUUCGCUUAAUAGGCUAUUCGUACAUCUACAAUCCGUACAUGUGUCUCAUCUACGAAGCCCUUGAGGCUAUCACGACGUCGUUGAUGAUGACGUCGGCUGUGGCCUAUUCUGCGGAAUUGAGCACUACCACUACACUAGCCACUAUACAAGGAAUGGUUGGAGGAACGUACUAUGGGAUUGGUAGAGGACUUGGCAGUCUUGUGGGCGGAUUUCUCAUGAAAUAUUACGGCACUCGAGCAACAUUUCGCAUUCUGGGCGUGGGGGCCCUCUUUGUCGGUGUAUUGUACUUUUUAUUUAACGUUUCCUACAUUCGCCGGCGACGUUUGAAUGGAGAGAAAAUUGAAAAGAAAAUGCCAGACGAGCCCGACAUUGUAGACAAGUCUGGGGGAGGAGUCGACAACGGAUUGAACAAUCCAGUUUUCGUACCAGAUGAUGAUGUUCCGAAAAAAAGGAGCCAUUGAUUUGAACCAGACACGACAUCUGACAUGGGAUGUCUAUUUUGCAAGUAUUUCUCUUUUCAUGGCCAAACUAAAUGUUUUCACAUUAUUUUUUUUCUGAAUAGUUUUCCGGCCAAAUGGUAAUUUCCCGCAUGUUUUUUUUUUGUUAUAUCACGG